UUUUUUUUUUUUUAGUAUUCAUAGUAGUUAAGAUGGAGUCUGUGGCGCUGCACGAUUUCAAUGCGACUGCGGUCGACGAGCUCUCGUUCAAGGCCGGGUCCAUUGUCAAGAUCAUGAAGAUGGACGACCAGUCCUGGUACAAGGCCGAGCAGGACGGCCGCGUCGGCUUCAUCCCGUCCAACUACAUUCAGCUGAAAAACCCCGAUUUCUAUCACGGCAAGAUCAGCCGCCAAGUAGCAGAGCAGACGCUCCUGAACUGCGGCGUUGAGGGCGGCUUCCUCAUCCGCGACUCUGAGAGCUCGCCCGACGACUUUUCGCUGUCGAUCAAGUUUGGCGACGGCAUUCAGCACUUCAAGAUUCUCCGUGACGAGAGUGGCAAGUACUUUAUCUGGGACGUCAAGUUCUUCUCGCUCAACGAGCUCAUCGAGUACCACAAGAAGGCGCCUGUCAGCCGCAACGCCGGCAACGCGAGCAUGGUCCUCCGCGUCGCCGUCGGUCUCGGUGGCGUCAUGUCCUCCAUGGGCGGUGCCGCUGUCCCGCAGGGCCGUGGUGGCUUUGGCCAGGCCAACGCUGGCUGGGGGGCUCCUCCGAAGCAAACGGCACGGGCGCUGUUCGAUUUCACUCCCCAAGAGCCGAACGAACUUGGCUUCCGCAAGAACGACAUUAUCGAGAUUGUCGACGACAGCGACGCCAACUGGUGGCAAGGCAGCUGCAACGGCCAGACUGGCCUCUUCCCCUCAAGUUAUUGCCAACGGCAGUGAUCAUGCCUCCAAACCAUCACUGGCCUGCUCUCUGUCGGUGACUUGCGAAACUGUCAGCUGCCUUUCCCGGCGAUUGACAAGCUUUGUCGUCAUGCUCGUCUUUUGUUUUUCUUUUUCCCUCCCCCCCCCGCUAUGGUUGUGUACUUGUGUUUGUGCGUGAAAGCAAAAGAAUCUGUCAGUCACUCAACAACAGGCUUUACAUUCCA